AUGGUGGAACAAACCGAAUCCAACUCCAGCCAGUACUAUUUUGACAACACCUCAACUGGAGUCCAGAGCAGCUUCGUGUUUUCAGGACCAUUGUUUGUCAUUUUGAUGGUAAUGAUGGUGACUUUGGUCGUUGUGAUAGUUUUGGGCAACGCACUGGUAAUUUUCGCUUUUAAAGUGGACAAGAGUUUGAGGACACAAUGUAAUUACUACUUCCUGAAUUUGGCAAUAUCAGAUUUUCUUGUAGGGGCAUUCUGCAUCCCAGUGUACAUGCCUUACAUCCUCACAGGCAGGUGGACACUGGGUCGCGGACUCUGCAAGCUGUGGCUGGUCAUGGACUACCUCCUUUGUUCUGCAUCGGUCUUCAACAUUGUCCUCAUCAGCUACGACCGCUUCCUGUCUGUCACCAGAGCAGUAAGUUACCGUGCCAGACAGGGCAUGGCUCACCAAGCCAUAAUCAAGAUGAUUGCUGUCUGGGUGCUAGCCUUUGUCCUGUAUGGCCCAGCUAUAAUUUUCUGGGAGCUGGUGGUGGGCAGAAGCAGCGUGCCAAAGGAUGAGUGUUUUGCGGAGUUCUAUUACUCUUGGUACUUCCUGCUGAGUGCCUCUAUGCUGGAGUUUUUCUCUCCUUUCAUCUCUGUGGCUUUCUUCAACCUCAGCAUUUACCUCAGCAUUCGCAGGAGGAGGCUCCACAGCAGGAAGGCACAGCUCCACCUUCAACUGAGCGAAACUGCUUCUGCCCAGGGGAAAGGUAUCCCCCUGUCCCACAACUCGGAGGUUGGGAUGAAACUGGCUGUAAGAGGCUCUAUCCACUCCCAGUCUUCCUCUCCCAGCUUGGGUAAACUAGAUCCCUCAACCAGCAGGGCUGCCCAUCCUAGCCGUCUGUCCAGGGAUAAGAAAAUUGCUAAGUCCCUGGCCAUCAUAGUGUGUAUGUUUGCCAUCUGCUGGGCACCGUACACCCUACUGAUGAUCAUCCGUGCUGCCUGCAGAGGGCGGUGCAUCCAGCAUCAUUGGUACGAGGUCACCUUCUGGCUCCUGUGGCUCAACUCUGCUAUUAACCCGUUCCUGUACCCACUUUGCCACAGUAGCUUUCGCAGGGCCUUUAGCAGGAUUCUCUGCCCAAAGCGGCAUACUACUCCCCAAUCAUCUGUCCUUCGUCUUGGUCAGUGACACGCAGAUACUCACAGAAGCAUGGGGAUGAACAAUGUGCCAACUAGGGAUGGAAAUAUUCCCAUACCCAUACAUUUCACAGUUUCAGCAGAUGCAGAUAAACUGUGCAUCAUAAUCUGUCACAAAGUCAAAAAUAUAUAAUUGUGUUUUUCAAUGUUUAAAUGUAUAAAACAUUGAUAUUGUACAGUAUUGUAUGUGUUUACUGUGUUCACGUCUACAAUGUGUGACAGCAUGAAAAUAAUUACCUGUCUAAAAAUCUGGACGCAAUAACAAAAACAUGGUGAUUAUUAGUGCAGUAGAGUUUUAACAUUUAGGAAAAAGUUCUAGAUUUGACAUUUGUCUUGAUUGAGUGCGAUACAGGUUAGAUAUUAUCAAUUUAUUUAUGUUGUUGAGUUUAUGUUAUGCAACAUGUACCUUGUAUUCGAUAAAUAUAUAUAUAUAUGUAGGAUUUGUGUUCUUUAAAACAUAAGUGUUGCCCACACUGUGACAGCCUUGAUUCAUCUAAACUAAAAAUAGAUCACUAUCACCCUCUGCUGUUAGAACGUUUUUUAAAUUGUUGUUAUUAAUAUUACAGAAGCACUGUGAUGAAAACGAACAAGUGCAAUUAAGUAUAAAUGUAUGUAAAUCAAACUGUUUAAUGAAACCUUAUAUUUCUCUAUGUUUGGAGCACAUUAUUAAUAAUGGAUUUGUCUACAAAAUGAGAAUUCUUUGCACAUACAUUUGAAAAUGUUUAUUGGUUGCUUUUCUGUAAAAAAAAAAAAAAAAAACACGUUAUUUUAAUGUUUUGUUGAAUUCUUAGAAUAUGUUUUAUAGAAAUGAAGCUUAAAUGAGAGAAGUCAAAUGUUUACAUACAAUUUCAAAAUACCAUUUACUGUGAUCAGCAGAUGCAUGUUUAUGUAUCUGCCACUAGAUGUCACCAUUAACCUGUACAGCUUCCCGUUUGUGCAGUGGCUAGGCAUUUGUCUUCAACACAACAUGAGUGAAGUCAAUUUUCGAGAUGGGCCCGGUUUUCAUCAACUGCUUUACUUUAUUGUGUGUGAUUGAAUCGCCAGUUUAAUAUGUGUUCUAUUUCUGCACUAGGACCUUGACUGACUGAAAUUGU